AUGCUUCAGCGCUCAGCCUCGCCAUCCUCGGCUCUGCCCCGCUUCUUACUAAGUCUCUCAGCCUCCUCCAGUCCAUCACAACAGCAGCUUCGCGGUCCCGCCAACAAUGCCGACGCAUGCUGGCGCCUUGAAUCCGCAUCGCCGCCCGACUCUGCCUGCCAGAGCGCUAGCCAAGACAUUGAGCUGGUGGUAAUCAAUACCUGGGACCAUCCUUCGGCUGCAUCUCCUCGUGUCUCCAAGCAUAAGCGGGCGUCCGUAUCUCUGCCCGCGUUAUCGCCGUCCGCCCCGCCGGAGGCGAGAAAAUCUGCAGGCAAGGCCUUCGGACUGACAAGCCGCGGCAGCUCGGCCAGCCUGGACACUUUGGCAGAUUUGACUGCUAGUCCGCUGGGCAGGGGAAUGACCCAAACGGAGCGCCAGAAGAAAGCGAACCAAGUCUGGAGAGGCUACUGGUCUUGGGGACAAACCACAACUUGGGGACACAGAGAGCAAAAGAUCAAGAUGGCAUCUCCCAGUUCUUUGACCAAGCAGCAGAAAUUCAAGGGCGGCGUCUGGGCCGUAGCCUUUGCCGCUGUGAUCAUGGUUGGAACCCUGACGGGAGCACAGCUCAAAUCGGACAAGCAGAAAGAGCAGGCCAUUCAGGAGUUCCGUCAGGUUACCCCUUCAGAGCAGAUUGCCAUGCUCCAGAAGCAGCGAGCCAUCCUUGUCGACCAAAGGACAGCUCUUCAGAAGAAACUGGACGUGUUCAAGGAGCGCGUCCGGGAAAGGCAUCAAGCGCAGGAAACCUCCAAGAAACCUUAGGGCGCUUGGUUUCCCUCCGUUGAUCAUGCAGAAUGCAAGAGAGUAGGGAAGAUUUGCCCUCCUACGAAAGGUUAUUGAUUGGGACGAAAGCAAGGAGAAAGGCCGGUCGUCUCUUCUCAAUUACGGCGGUACUGUUGAACCACUUCAAAGUUGCAAUGUCACUCGCGCAGCCUUGGUUGAUGGAACUUAUACUCGAAUACGGGCUGUUUCUGGAAAGCAAAAAUCAAGAUACCCCAUA